UCAUCCGCUUCAAAUUCAUCGCGGGUCUUCUUGCUGCAUCUUAUAUGCAAAAAUAUGUUGGCAGUUGCUUCGUUAAAGAAUACAGAUGUUUCCAACAAAUGGUUGAUAAAUUGGCUGUCAGUUGUGCGGACAAACUCUAAAAUCCAAGAUUCCGUCCGCGCCUGAUUUUAUUGUCCAGAAACGUCCGCUCCAGAAUUAUUACUGUACUUGAAAAGAAGGGAUGGGCGUGAAUCGCCCUCUAAAAGGAUGAAAGAGCAAUUGGUUUUCUCCACUCUUAUUGGGUGCGCGCUUCACUCCUUCUCAAGACAGCUGAAAGAGCAGGAACACAGAUUGCACCAACAAUGGAUUUAACAGGAACCAUCGUGCAAAUACUCUGAGCACCUUCAACUGAUGCGCAAAGACGAAAAGAAAAGGAGUGUGUGACGGUGAGUUACAGAGAGAGAGAGAGAGAGAGAGAGAGAGAGAGAGAGAGAGAGAGAGAGAGAGAGAGAGGUUAGUUUGGACCAGGUGAUAGAGCCACAUCAAACCUCCAAGGGGCUGGUGGUUAAGAUCAGUUUGCACAGGAUUCUUGUUCCGAUCAUGGUGCCAGCAGCCUGUCCCGGACCCUUUGCCAUGCUGGCUCUCGCCUUUCUCCUGGGAUGUGGCAUAGGGCUCUGUCUGGGCCAGAAUGACACGGAGCCCAUCGUUCUGGAGGGGAAGUGUCUGGUGGUGUGCGACUCCAACCCCUCUUCUGACGGAGGAGUCACCUCUUCGCUUGGGAUAUCUGUGCGCUCCGGCAGCGCCAAAGUGGCUUUUUCGGCAGUCAGAGGGACAAACCACGAGCCUUCGGAGAUGAGCAACACGUCCAUGACCAUCUAUUUCGACCAGGUAUUAGUAAACAUUGGCAAUCAUUUCGACCUAAAAGCGAGCGUGUUUACCGCGCCACGGAGAGGAAUAUACAGUUUCAGCUUUCACGUGGUCAAGGUCUACAACAGACAAACCAUACAGGUGAACCUGAUGCAGAACGAGUACCCGGUCAUAUCCGCUUUCGCCGGCGAUCAGGAUGUCACGCGGGAGGCGGCGAGUAACGGAGUUCUACUGAUGGUGGAGCGCGAGGAUCGGGUCUAUCUCAAGUUGGAAAGAGGGAAUCUAAUGGGCGGAUGGAAAUACUCCACGUUCUCUGGAUUUUUAGUCUUUCCUCUAUAACUGACUCGCAGACUUGUUACUACAAGUAAUAUUUUCCAAGCGACCGAGGACGAACGAGUGUCAGUGCUUUGAACAAAACUGAAAUCUAGCGAAACUGCGUAUGGACGCGUCCACAGGGAGUUCCCGCCUUUUUUCGGACGCAGCGAUUUUCAGCGGCGAUUGUUUGGAUUUUAUCGAUGGGAAACAGUCCGCAACUGACAGUUACCUGGACCACUAUAUAAACGAGAAGAUAUUUAAGACGAAGACGAACUUCAAAUCCCGAACUAGGUGUAUUUAUCAGUGCUUUAUUUUGUGUUUGUAUAGCCUUAAUGAUUCGGCUUCCGUCCAGUGAGGUGUGUGGUGUGGAGCUGCGGAAGUGCUUUAUGGCCCCAAAGCAUUUUUGCACGAAUGGAAGAUUCCUGUUUUGUGCUGUCAAUGAUGUGUCGUUUGGAUGCAGAACAUACUGAAAAUAUGCCAAAUGUAGGCCACCUGCUAUACAGUGAUUAUAAUGAGAAAAAUAUAUAUAUAUAUAUCAUAUAUCAGCCAAUGGAGACGUCUUAAAAACUUUUUGCUAGACAUCUAUCUAAUUUAUAAAAUACAUAUUUACAUUAUGGUGUGUUCUACAUUCCGGAUAAUAAGUAGCUUUGAUUGAUUUAGUGUUCAGUGACAAUGCUCACAGAUGUAAGUUGUGGAAAAAGAAAAGUCCCUAUAUAAUGUCCCGCCUAAUAAAAUAUUGUAUUGUACACAUA